AUGAGCACCAGCACCGGCCCAGAAGCUGCCCCCAAACCAAGUGCCAAGUCCAUCUAUGAGCAGAGGAAGCGUUACUCCACUGUAGUAAUGGCCGACAUCUCCCAGUAUCCAGUCAAUCACCUGGUUACGUUCUGCCUGGGCGAGGAAGAUGGCGUGCACACGGUGGAGGAAGCCUUGCGGAAGCUGGCGGUCAUGGACAGCCAGGGCCGCGUCUGGACCCAGGAGAUGCUGCUGCGCGUGUCUCCCGACCACGUCACACUGCUCGACCUCGUCUCCAAGGAGGAGCUGGAGUUGUACCCGCUGAGCGCCAUCGUGCGCUGCGACGCGGUGACGCCGCCGGGCCGGAGUCGUUCGCUGCUGCUGCUCGUGUGCCAGGAGCCCGAGCGCACACAGCCCGACGUGCAUUUCUUCCAGGGCCUGCGUCUUGGGGCGGAGCUUAUCCGUGAGGACAUCCAAGGGGCUCUGUACGACUACCGCUCCGGCCGUGGGGAUCGCAGGGCCGCGGCGCUCAGGGCCACGCAAGAAGAGCUGCAGCGUCGUCCCUCGUCCCCGGCCGAGACCCCGCCCCUGCAGCGCCGCUCCUCAGUCCGCGCAGCGAUCAGCACCGUGGAACCGACGAUGGGCUGCGGACGACCCCAGGAGGAACCCAUUCCCGAGGCAGAAGCAGCGCGGAGGCCCUGCCCGGAGGAGAUCUCCGGCAGCGCUGACCAGGCCUCCCCGGACCUGGGCCCCCGCGGCCCAGAGCUAGCCAGUCUGCAGGCGGAGCGGGACGUGGACAUCCUGAACCACUUGUUUGACGACGUGGAGAGCUUUGUAUCCAAGCUGCAGAAGUCUGCGGAGGCGGCCCGAGUGCUUGAGCACCGGGAGCGCGGUCGCAGGACCCGGCGCCGGGCGGCUGGGGAGGGCCUCCUGACACUGCGGGCCAAGCCGCCCAACGAGGCCGAGUACACCGACGUGCUUCAGAAAAUCAAGUACGCUUUCAGCCUGCUGGCCCGUUUGCGCGGCAAUAUCGCCAACCCCUCCUCCCCAGAGCUGCUGCACUUCCUGUUCGGACCUCUGCACGUGAUUGUGGACAUGUCGGGCGGCCCCCAGCUCGCGAGUGGCGUGCGGCAGCCACAUCUGACGUCCGAGGCCGUGGCACUACUGCGGGAUAAUGUCACCCCAAGUGAAAAUGCACUCUGGACCUCUCUGGGGGAUUCGUGGACCCGGCCAGGGGUGGAGCUGCCCCUGGAGGAGGGACCCCCAUACAGCCCCGAGUUCUACAGCGGCUGGGAACCCCCAGCCACUGACCCGCAGGGCCGCCCCUGGGAGGACCCAGUAGAGAAACAGCUACAGCACGAGCGGCGGCGCCGGCAGCAAAGCGCCCCCCAGGUCGCUGUCAAUGGUCACCAAGACCUGGAGAAAGAAGCUGAGCCCCACACGGAGCCGGAGCUAGCAGGGAAAUGGGUCCUAUGUAAUUAUGAUUUCCAGGCCCGAAAUAGCAGUGAACUAUCAGUCAAGCAACGGGACGUGUUGGAGGUCCUGGAUGACAAGCGCAAGUGGUGGAAGGUUCGGGACUCUCAAGGGCAGGAGGGAUACGUACCUUAUAAUAUCCUGACAACCCACCCGGGGCUCCCGGGGGACCGCAGCCAAAGCCCUGCCCGCAUUCUGAAUAGCACUCCCCCACCCCCGCCGGCCACGGCCCUAGCUGUGGCUCCUACCCGGGCUCAGCCCCACUGGGACAGCUGCGACAGCCUCAACAGCUUGGACCCCAGCGAGAAGGAAAGAUUCUGCCAGAUGCUCAGUGUCAACGAAGAGCUGCAGGCGCGCCUGGCCCAGGGUCGUUCGGUCCCCAGCCGCACAGCCCCAGGGCCCCGCAUCCCGGAGCCGCAGCUCAGCCCGCGUUCAGAUGCCUCAGAGGUCCGCGCCUGGCUGCAAGCCAAGGGUUUUAGCGCCAGGACAGUGGACGCGCUGGGCGUGCUGACCGGAGCGCAGAUUUUCUCGCUGCAGAAAGAGGAGUUCCGGACGGUGAGCCCCCAGGAGGGGGCGCGUGUGUACAGCCAGGUCACGGUGCAGCGUGCACUGCUGGAGGAUAAAGGGAAAGUGUCAGAGCUGGAGGUGGUGAUGGAGAAGCAAAAGAAGAAGGUGGAAGGUGAGAUGGAAACAGAGGUCAUUUGACCCUUGCCAGCCCUCCGCUACAAGUUUCCACGUAGUGGGUCUCCCCGUGCCCCAUGGGAGAAAGGACUCUGCAGCCCCCACCAGUGGAAGUAGACCCCUCGAAGGAUCGCUGACCUGUUCCGGCCCUGGUUUUCCCCUGUCCUUCCUAGAGUUUACUGAGCAAGCACUGUGCUCGUCAACCGGCCAAGAGCGGGAGGGGGGGAAGUGAAGAGAAAAUUUAGGGACUCCACUUUGCUGCGCACCCCAGGAGAGGGCGCACUCGGGAGCCCUGUGCAUUGUGAUAUGUGGCCCAGUCUAUAAACAGCCUCUUCUUAGCAGGCAGUGUCAACUGUUGUCCCUUCUCUACUCAGCUACCAGGGGUCUCAGGGACCUGCUUGCCCCAGCUACAGCUUCAUAGGAGAAAAGGAAUGUAGGAGCCAUCUCCACUUUUUUUAGUUUCCUUCUCUAAACCCUGCUCUCCUUCCCUGGGGUCCCAAUCCAGACUUCUGCCUGACCUCCAGCCUUAAGUUCACCCAGAACAAUCUUCUGAACACUCAGUAUCCCAACCCUUCCCUUGCUCAAAAUCCUUUUCUGGUUCUUCAUUGCCCCCCUAGCCCUGUAGUAUGGCUCUCAAGGCCCUGAGUGGUUUGGUCCCUACCCACCUCUCCAACCUCAUCCUUUACCUCCUCACUAUUCCAUGCAUUCUGCUUCUGCCCUUCUCCAAACACUCCCCAAACCCCUUCAACCACCCAAGAUUUUGGAUUUGGUUUCUGCUGGCUGGACCAGCGACUUUCUGCCUGAACUCCUAUUCAGCAUUCCACGCCCAGCUCAAAUACCCACUUAAGGGAAACCCGCUCUCUUCCUCCAGGUUAGUCUCCCAGAAUCCACCACUUUGUCCCCUACUUCUUGCCAGGGGUCCAGCCACAGAGAAGUAGUUGUGUCCUGAACAUACCACAGGCUUUCUGGCUAGUCUUCCUGUGAGACGACAGUCUACCAGGAAGCUUCCUACCUCCUCAAGCUCCUUUUUCCUCUGGCUAGCCAGCAGCUCCUUCCCAUUAUCUGGGUGGCUGGCAAGUCUAGUUCAGAACUGAUUUGCUCUGGCUCUCAGCCUCGUUCAGACUGGACGUUCCUCCAGCUUAGAAAAGGACGUUCCUCCUUCCUUGGCUCCUUCUGCUUCCCCACAAUGCCCACUGCCAAGCUCCCCUGCCAGAAGGCCUGCUAGCCUCUCCCCUGGAGCUCAGCUUCUACCUGGACCAGUUGGCAUCCUCCAAAAUCAGACAAGUCAGAGGCACAGCCAUGUACUGGGAGGAACCAUGAUUCUCAGUCCCUACUUCCUUCUGCAACCCGGGUACAUCAGCCCUCCAAGACUUCUUCCCACCUCGAACCACCCUGCUCACACAACCUCCUUUGGCUCCCUAUGGCCCAUCAGAUAAAAUCUAAGCUCUAGCUUAGCGGCAAGAGGCCUGUGGCCAGCUAGGUUCACCAGCUUCUCAGGCCCAGCAUUCUGCUUGCCUCUUCCUGCCGCCAAACUUGGUUCAUGCUGUUCCAUCCACCCAGAAGACCCUCAGCCCUUAUGGGUAUCUAAUCACCAUUCAACCUCUUGUCUGGUGCCCCAGCCAUCAGUUCUAAGAGGGGCAAGCGGAUCCCCAAGCCUGCUUGCUCCACAGUUUUCCCUCAAUAACCCCCCUUGCAAGGCUGCAAACUGGAAUGACUGCAGGAGCCAGACAGUUGGCCCACAUGAGCACACUGGGUCCAAGCCCCAUUCCUAUCACAAUCCAACCUAUCAAGACACCCUGGCAGCUGCCCCUCCAAUAUUCCCAGAAUUUGACCAUUUCUCACCAUCUCUACCACCAUCCCCCAGAUCCAUCACCUCUUGUUGGGACUGCAGCAGUAACCCCUUAGUUAGUCUUCCUGUUUCUGUCCCUCAGUGCUACCCCCCAGACUCUUCUCAACGCUGCAGCCAGAGGGACCUGUUAAAACCUAGGUUCUCCUUCAUAGCCCAUUACCUUUCCAACCCCACCCCCAUUGCUUCUCUCCAGCCACAUCAGCUACUUCCUCUGCCUCACCACGUCAGGCACACUUCUACCUCAAGGCCUUCGCACAUGCCAUUCUCAUCAAGACUCAUCCCUCAAAUACCUACAUGACUCAAUUCCUCAGACCCUCAAAUGUCUGCCUGUGCCAGCCUACGAGGCGUGCUCUGACCACCCUAUACAAAAUGCACACAUACACACACACCAGCUUCCUUCUCCCCUUCCCCUGCUUUUCCUCCACAGCACCACCACCUAAAAUACUUUCAUUUUAUCAUUGGAUGACUUAUGCCUCUCCCCCUAAAAUGUACUGGAUCUUUGCCUGUUUCAUUCACUACUAUAUCACCAACUGGUAGAAUAGGGCCUGGCAAGUAGAAUAUGACCAAGAAUGAAUGAAUGAACAAAUUGAAUGAAUGAAUGAAUGACCCAUCUUAGUAGAUGGGUCUUACUCAGCUCCAGCCAACUGUUACCAUAUAGGACUGAAGAGCUCACACCAUCACAGCUUCCUUUUUUUCCUGGGAAGUCAAAUUCCAGAUUUUUCUAUGUGAAUUACCCAAAUUUUAAAUAUUGUCAAUUGACUGUUUCAAAAACACUGAUGACAAGACCCAAGCUCCCCAGCUCAAUAUUGAGACCCAUUGUCUCACCUGGCUGACCCUUCUUCCCCAUCCUAAGCCACCUCCCUUCUGUCCAUGUCAGCCCUGGCCUGGGUCCUCUACUCCAACUAGCCACUAUUCCUGAAGCCCCUCCACACCCUGA